UAAAAAAAAAACGUGCUUUUGGAGGACGCGGACAGUGCAUCUGUAAACUUCCUACUACGAAUUAAAAAGUCGCCAUGAAGACUUUAGCGUUGUUAAUAUUUUUACUGCGUUGGAUACAUUCGUAGCAAACCUACAUUGCUUGCUUGUACAAGUGGACAGUUCGCCGUUAAUAACCAGUGCGUUCUCUGUCACCCCACCUGCACAGAGUGUGACGGGCAUGAGCUCUUCGAUUGCACGUCUUGUGGUGUUGAUGAAGACGGACAUGAGCGCUUCCUCCACCAAGGUCACUGUCAGACAUACUGCCCCAGUGGACUCUACCCUGACAGGGCUCACUAUGCCUGCCUGCCCUGCAUCACCAACUGUGAGCUCUGCACUGAUGGCAGCAUUUGUGCCAAAUGCAGGGAACACUACAGGCUUCAGAAUGGAGUCUGCCAGACAGCCUUUUGUGAUAUGGGCCAAGGUUCAGGAUCCUGAAACAGGAGAAUGUCUCGACUGUGAGUUGGGCUGUAAAACGUGUUCCACAGAAGACCCUGAGAUCUGCAACAGCUGCAUAGAAAGUUUCUUUCUGCAAGUGUACUUGUCUCAGUCAUCAAUCUCUUCUGUAGUCUAGUAGCCUGCUCUGUCAUCUCCCCACUGCCUCUGUAGUAAGAUAACCUCCAGUGUCAGCAGCUAUAUCAAAUGAUGGAAUGGAUGGUGAAACACGUUGAGCAUGAUCAGGAGACAUCCUUAAUCUCUGUGUAUAUUUUUAGAAUUGGGUCCAAUAAUAAAAGUACUUUACUUC